CUUCCUUUCAAUAACAUGUUGAGAAUUUUGCCCUUAUCCAAGCUGGUGAACAAUGUAAACGAACCCGCCCCGGGUCAAUAUGUCACGCUUACUGAUUUUGUUGUCCAAUCAUUCAACACGGGGAAGCGUGCCCUGGCCAAUCUCUUACCCUGGGUUUGCUUUGCUCGAUCAGAACAAUCCUGCGUGGUCAGUCGGCUCGAUAGCAGGUAACAUACCGGCACUGGCUUUUUUUCUUACAAUUAUCUUUGUCUGAUGCGCAGACUUUGAUCUUUGACCGGGACUGAUCUGUUCAGGAAUGCCAUUCAUCUUUCGUCGUUUCUUGCUGCCUAUUGUGAAUGUACGUUGGAAUUGUCUACAUGCACGCACGUUUGGCCAUUCCGGCUGGUACCCUGCGGCCGGGUCAAAAUCUCUCAGGUGAGCAACAAGUGCU